AGGAAGGUCCAAGAAGACGGUAGACUUCUACCUGAGUUUGCAGAUGCUGAAGAGAAGGAACUUUUUGAGGCUCUAAAUCUGCAGCUGGAGAGUGAUCUGAAUGUGGAACAGAUGAGACACUAUGAAGUGGUAUUUCUGAUUCAUGAGGAUCGUGCAGACGAGGUCGAGAGUGUGAACACGAAAAUUCAAGAAUUUUUGAAAGAGAAGAAAGGAAAGUUGUGGAGAUUCAGUGACUGGGGUAUGCGUAGACUGGCAUACAAGAUUCAGAAAGCAUCACGAGCUCAUUACAUUUUGAUGAAUUUUGAGUUGGAAGCCAAAUGGAUUAACGAUUUCAAGAGCAUGCUUGACAAAGAUGAGAGAGUCAUACGACAUCUAGUGAUGAAGCAGGACAAGGCAGAAACCGAGGAUUGUCCUCCUCCUCCUGAGCUCCAUACCUUGCGUGCUGGUAUGGAUGAUGAAAAUGAAGAGGACAUGGAUGAUUUUGAUGACUAUGAGGAAGACGAUUUGGAGGGUGAGGAUGACAUUGAUAUGGGAAUGUAUGAUGAUGAUACUGAUGGUGUUAUUCUCGUGGAUGUUGACGAUAAUGUAGAUGGAUGGGACAGUAGAAACAGUCAGCAAAUUAAUACACACAAGAUAGGACAAAGGAAAGUGAGUGUGUGAAAAUUAGUUAGUACUUAUUUUGCUCACUAUCUUGGAAUUUUGAUUACUUAUAAUUUUAUCAUUAGAUUAUAGUUUCCUGAA